AUGACUACUCUUUUAUUUGAACAGAUUCAGCCGUUGUAUCUGUUGAACAAGGACAAAUCGAGGUUAUCAAAUGGUGAUUGGUCGUGGAUAACAAAUAUGAUGAAUGCUUUUAAUCAAUAUUGUUUUGAGCCAAGUUUAAUAAUAGUUCAACGAAAAAGUCAUUUUCAACCGAUUAAAUCUCGACUAAAAUUACAACGUUAUGCUGAUUUACGAUCUAUCGAAUUUAUACCAUUGUUAUCAUUUUUCAAAUGUAUACCAGAAUAUCAAAAUUUAUCAUCUGAGAUAAAAACAUAUUUGAUACAGCAAAAUCUUCGAUUUGUUGGAAUAUUACAUGCAACAGAAUAUAUGAAAACUUCAGCAAAUAUGCCAUGGGAAGGUGAUUAUUCUCUUUUUCAAUAUAUUCAUGGUGAUGAAUUAUUAUCUAAAAUGGAACAUGGUAUAAGAUUACUAAAAUUAAUUCUUCAAGAUCCUGUUAUAACAAGAUUAUUGUUAAUUAUUCUUUUAUUUACAACAAGUUUAUCGAUAACAAUUGUAAAUAAUAUUUAUUCUACUUCUCAUACUUUCUCAUCCAAUAUAUUUCAUAUACAAAAUUAUUAUUUAAAACUCUUAUGGAACUACAUGAAAUAUCGUCUUGAUGAACGAACAGCAAUAUGUAUGUUUUCUAUGCUUAUUUCACGCUAUAUGCAUGUACAAACUAUUGGUUACGAUAUUGAUCAAAACUUUCUAGAUAGACCAGAUUUAAGUGAAAUUACUCAUUUGAUUAAAGCUAUAGAAUUCUAA